AUGGCAGGUCUUUCUACAGGUUGUUUGAUUGUAUUUAAUGUUAAUUUUAAUGUUCUUAAUCAACCUCGACUUGGUGAAUCAGUACAAAAACCAAUUUCAUAUUAUAAAAAUAAUAUUGGUUGUUUACUUAAUUUACUUACAUGUAUGAAAGAAUUUAAUGUUAAAAAUUUUCUUUUUUCAUCAUCAGCUACUGUCUAUGGUACACCGAAAUAUUUACCACUUGAUGAAAAACAUCCAUGUAUUGGUGAUGCUAUUACUAAUCCAUAUGGUAAAAGUAAAUAUAUAUGUGAACAUAUUCUUAAAGAUACAAUAGUUGCUCAUCCUGAAUGGAAUAUCAUUAUUUUACGUUAUUUUAAUCCUGUUGGUGCUCAUAAAACAGGUUUAAUUGGUGAAGAUCCUAUUGGUAAACCAAAUAAUCUUAUGCCAUAUAUUGCACAAGUAGCUGUUGGUCGUUUACCAUAUGUUAAUAUUUUUGGUACUGAUUAUGAUACUUCAGAUGGUACAGGUGUUCGAGAGUAUAUACAUGUUGUUGAUGUAGCUAUAGGUCAUAUUGCAGCAAUGAAACAAUUUGAAAUGAUUUGUGGUUUAAAAAUUUAUAAUCUUGGUACUGGUAAAGGUUAUUCUGUAUUAGAAAUGAUUAAAGCAUUAGAAAAAGUAUCAGGCAAAAUAAUAUCUUAUAAAGAAUAUUCUCGACGUCCAGGUGAUCUUGCAACUGUUUAUGCUGAUUCAACAUUAGCAGCUCAAGAACUUGGAUGGACAGCUCAACGAAAUUUAGAUGAAAUGUGCGAAGAUUUAUGGCGUUGA